GCCCGUUACAUUCUCUCGCCGUUGAUCGACGCCGCCUUCGCCUCUUCCCUGCCCAAAGACCCAUUUCUUCCUUCUCGUCGACCGCCUGCGAAUUCUACUCUCUGCCAGAUCAAGCCCGUGACUGCUGGGCGGGGUCGAGAAGCGAUGGAGCAGGAGAUGGCAGAGGAGAGAAACCGGACGGUUGCGACCGGAAGUGUGCUCUAUGAAAUCCGUCAUCACGCAUCGGCGGAUCUCCCAUCAGAUACGUCUCCGCCGUCGGUCGCCAGUAGUUCCAGCGGGGGCUUUCUCUCCUAUCUCUCGCUCAGAGGCGUUGUCCGUUUCAAGGAAAGGUGGUACGAGUAUAGGAGGUCCAGGGCAGUGAACAGGAAGGUGUCACUCAUUGUGUCUUCUGGCGGCGAGCAUGUGGCUGUUGCAGUUGGAAAUCAAAUUAACAUUUUUCACAAGGAUGAUGACUAUAUGAACCCAUGCGGUGUAUAUACAUGUGAUAAACAUGUGGUGUUUCACAGUGGAGUUUGGUUGGAGACAUGGGAUAUUCUUGGCAUGAUUGAUGAUCUUAGUACCCUCUAUGUUAUCAGAACUAAUGGGGAAGAAAUAUUAAGGAGGACUAGGAGCCAGCUAAAGUUAUCUGCACCUAUCAUUGCUCUUAUUUGCUUGUAUGGCAUCCACAUCAUAACAGAAGAUGGUUUGGUGCAUCAUAUUGAGAUUGCUAAAGAACCCAAUGUAUCAGUAUCUCAACCACUUGCUCCAAGUGGUCAUCUACAUCUGCCCUAUAAGGUGACUUGCUUGGAUUUUCAUCAAGAUCUAUCUUUGAUAACUGUAGUCUGUGGCAGCAUGUCAGUGAGCUCUGAGGACAAUUCUGGUAGUUACUCUCUGCACAUAAUAAGAAUUACUGCAAAUUCAGAAACAGAGUUAGUAGUUUCUAGUGAAAAUUGUGAAGGAAAGUUUGACUCUACUAAAGGAUGCCCAAAUGGCUACAGUCAUCCAAAGGUGGCAAUCUCACCACAGGGAAACUAUGUUGCCACUCUGGAUUUUAUGGGAUGUGUAGAUGUUUUCAAACUUGAUGUUCAACAACGGUCUCUUUCUCUUCAUUCUUUUGCGGCAAAGCAACAAGAGAAAUUAGAUAUAGCAGCACAUAAAAAGAAGAAAUUCUUCUAUGACAUUGGUGAUAUCACUUGGUGGACAGAUGAUAUUCUUGUUGUUGCAGGCACUACUGGCGAUAUUUUCAUGUAUGAUAUACUUAACUGUACAAAACUUUCAGAAAAUGAACCGAUGUUUUGCAUGCCACUCAUUGAAAGACCCAAAGAUUGCCAAGGAUUUAUUUUCCUGUUGGAAAAUUCAUUGUCUGUAGAUAAUACACUAAUUACUGAGGAAGUGAAACAUAAACAGGAAAAUCUUAAACCAUCCUGGAGUUUGUUUUCAUUCUCUAGGAGAUCUGCUUCAGAAAUGUAUACUCUCCUGAUAAAAAUUCAACAAUACCAGGCUGCUUUAGAGUUUGCUUCAAAUCAUUGUCUUGAUACAGAUGAAGUUUUCAAAGCCCAGUGGUUGAGUUCUUCUAAUGGCAUCCCUGAAAUAAAUCUAUACCUAUCAGAGAUCAAGGAUUUGGACUUUGUACUGUCAGAAUGCAUAAAUAGAGUUGGGAAUACUGAAGAGAAUGCACGGGCUCUACUUUCUCAUGGCCUUUGGGUAAGUGACCAAUAUAAAUUUUCUGAUUUCAGCAUUAAUGACUGCAGCUCAAUCUGGAACAUCCGGAUGUUUAGACUGCAGUUGUUGCAGUUCAGAGAUCGGUUGGAGACGUUCAUGGGUAUAAGUAUGGGAAGGUUUAUGGCACAUGAUUAUAGCAAGUUUCGCUCUAAGCCACUUGAUGAAGCUGCUGUAGCACUUGCUGAAAGCAGCAAAAUUGGAGCUCUGAACCUACUCUUUAAGCGUCAUCCAUAUUCAAUCACCCCAAAUAUUUUGAUUAUACUAUCCUCUAUUCCUGAAACUGUUCCAGUUGAAUCAUACAGUCAGCUGCUGCCUGUGCCAUCUCCUAGAACAAAUGCUUUAAGAAAUGCAGAUUGGGUUGAAUGUGAAGAGAUGCUAUCCUUCUUAAAAAGCCUGCCAAGCAGAUCAGAAAAGAGCAACGAAAUUUUUACAGAAAAUUUAUUGAGACUUUCUACAGGCUAUAUUUGGCCAUCACUAUCUGAUAUUUCUUCUUGGUACAGGAAAAGAGCUGAGGAUAUUGAUAACUUGAGCGGCCAGCUGAAUAAUUGCCUUUCGCUCAUCCAGUUUGGAUGUCAAAAUGGUAUUUCAGGGUUACAGCAACUUCUGGAGGAUAUUUCAUAUUUACUUCAAAACAUCUACUCUGAUGAUUAUGAUGAAGAAUUUACCAUGAAUCUUGUAACUUGGGAACAACUUCCAGAUUAUGAGAAGUUUAAAAUGAUGCUCAAGGGAGUCAAAAAGGAGGCAAUAGUUAAAAGACUGCAGGAAAAUGCCAUUCCCUUUAUGCAAAACCGAUUCAACUCCAAGGCAUCUGAUUCUGCAGAUGAGAAAAAGGAAGACAACAAAGAUUCCUUCCUAGUUAGAUGGUUGAAGGAGGUUGCUGCAGAGAAUCACUUAGACCUAUGUCUGUUAGUCAUUGAAAAUGGUCAUGGGGAUUCAUCUGUUGGUGAACUAUUUAAGGAUGACAUCGUACUAAUAGAAACAGCAUUGCAUUGCAUUUAUUCAUGCACCCUUACCAACCAAUGGAGCUUGAUGGCGUCCAUUUUGUCAAAGCUUCCACGAAACAUUCAAAGAGAUAGCCUAUUUGCUUCUGAUAAAAAUGUCAAUCCAAGUUAUCCUAAAUAUGAUUUUGAAAACUCAAAAAUUUCUUUUGUAAACUAUGAUCUUGAAGGAUCAAUUUCUGACAGUUUUAAAUAUGUCAGCAAGUUGUCAACUUUUGAUAGCUGGGAAAAGAGGAUAAAACUUGCAGAGGGUCACAUAGAAGUUGGAAGAUUGAUGGCAUAUUAUCAGGUUCCAAAACCAAUAUCCUUCUUCCUAAGUGCUCAAUCUGAUGAAAAAAAUGUUAAACAACUUCUUCGUCUGAUUCUAUCAAAAUUCAGUCGUCGCCAGCCAGUUAGAUCAGAUAAUGAUUGGGCUACCAUGUGGCGUGAUUUGUUAUCUUUUCAGGAAAAAGCAUUUCCUUUUCUUGACCUAGAGUACAUUCUAACAGAAUUCAUCAGAGGGCUUCUGAAAGCUGGAAAAUUCUCCCUUGCAAGAAACUACCUUAAAGGCACUGCUUCAGUUUCUUUAACUAGUGGAAGGUCUGAAAAUCUUGUCAUUCAAGCUGCAAGAGAGUAUUUUUUUUCAGCUUCAAGUCUUUCCUGCAGUGAAAUCUGGAAGGCUAAAGAAUGUUUGAGCCUUUUAUCAAGUAGUAAAGCUGUUAAAGCGGAAGCUGACAUGAUUGAUGCUCUCACUAUUAGACUUCCAAACCUCGGGGUUUCUCUUCUACCCAUGCAGUUUAAACAAAUUAAAAACCCGAUGGAAAUUAUUAACAUGGCAAUUACAAGCCAAGCUGGUGCUUAUCUAAAUGUAGAAGAGCUAAUUGAAAUUGCUAAACUCCUUGGGUUGAACUCCCCAGUUGACAUUGCUACUGUAGAAGAAGCCAUAGCCAGAGAAGCUGCUAUUGCUGGGGAUCUUCCAUUGGCUUCUGAUCUCUGUCUAGUCCUAGCAAAGAAAGGCCAUGGAUCAAUUUGGGACUUAUGCGCUGCAAUUGCACAGGGUCCCCAUCUUGAUAAUAUGGAUUCAUCUUCCAGGAAGCAGCUCUUGGGUUUUGCUCUAAGCCACUGUGAUGAGGAAUCCAUUGGAGAGCUUCUGAAUGCAUGGAAAGAGGUAGAUACAAAUGUUCAAUCUGAGCAUUUAAUAACUUCGUCUGGAGCUAGUUCACAAAAAUUAUUUAGCUCAUCACUUUUGUCAGAUGGCACCAAAGAAAUAUUUGACCGAUGGGAUGGCUCAAACCCUGGAAAACAUGGCUUAUAUCUUAAUGGUGAUGAAAUACAAUAUGACCAGAUCAAAGAUUUACUUUCUAAAGUUGGUACGGAAUUAGAGAGUGAAAUUGGAGUGUGUUGGGAUACUGUUUUAAGAGAAAAUAAAAAAGUACUCUCGUUUGCCGCUUCCAAACUUCCUUGGCUUCUUGAGUUGUCUGAAAAAGAAGAAUAUGGUAAACUCUCCGCUCCAUGGUCCAAAUUUUCUUUUAGAAAUCAUGUUAACACACGUAUGCAGGCAUUGCUAAGUAUACUCUGUUGGAUGGGUAAUGAUAAUAUUGCUCCAGCUGAUGACAUGAUCAAGUCUCUUGCCAAAUCUCUAUUGGAACCUCCUUUUACUGAAGAGGAUGACAUACUAGGAUGCUGUGUUUUAUUAAAUCUUGUAGAUGCUUUUCAUGGAGUAGAAAUUAUUGAGGAACAACUAAAGAGAAGGUCGGAAUAUGAAAAAGUAUAUAGCAUCAUGAAUGUUGGGAUGGCGUAUUCUUCGCUUAACAAUGCUCAGAAAAAGUGCUCAAAUCCUGAGCAAAGAAGGAAGUUGUUACUUCAAAUGUUUCACGAGAAGCAAGUAUCAUUUAGUUCAGAUGAAAGGGAACAGAUUGACAAAAUGCAAUCAACAUUUUGGAGAGAGUGGAAGAGCAAACUAGAAGAUCAGAAAAGAUUUGCAGAUCAAGCAAGAGAGUUGGAGCAAAUAAUUCCUGGAAUAGAAACUGCUCGCUUUCUAUCCAGGGAUAUGGUGUACAUAAAGAGUGUUAUGUUCUCAUUCAUUGAUACUGUAAAACAGGAGAAGAAACACAUUCUUAAGGAUGCAGUGAUGUUGGCAGAUGCAUAUGGUUUGCACCGCAUUGAGGUAAUACUACAUUUCUUUGCUUGCACCCUUGUGUCUGAACACUGGGAAAAUAAUGAUAUCUUGGCAGAAAUUUCAGAAUAUAGAAAUGACAUUGUCAAAUGUGCCAAGGAAGUCAUUGACAUUAUUCACAAAGUUGUCUAUCCAGAAAUCUAUGGACAUAACAAGGAAAGACUUUGCUACAUGUAUAGCGUGCUCUCAGCUUGCUACUUGCGCUUGAAAAGGGAUGGAGACUCAUUGAUACCAACAUAUGGGGAUCAGGGGCAUAUUCAUACAAUGGAGCCAUUUGAAUUUUACAAGGUUCUUGAACAAGAAUGCCAAAGAGUCUCAUUCAUCAAGGAUUUGAACUUCAAAAAUAUUGCUGGAUUGGAUGAUUUGAACUUUGAGCAUUUCAAUGAUGAAAUCUGUACUAACAUUUGUGAAGCUACUGUGGAAGCACUGGCAGAUUUGGUGCAGGCUCUUGUUGCAAUCUAUGAUGUCUCACAUGCCAAGGAACUCAUAUCAAGAGAGGGUGUUUAUAAGCAUUAUGUCUUGGCUAUUUUGUCAUCUUUAGAAGCUCAGAAUGAAGCUAUGACUGAUAGCAUUGAGGCUUCUGAGCUGUACAAGUUUUUGAUGCAAAUUGAGCUGAGUUAUGGUAAGUGCAAGAAGUAUGCUAGAGCUCUUCCUGAGGCAGAUAUGUCAUAUGUUUUCAGGAGAUUUUGCACACUAUGUUUUCCUCAUAGUUUAAGAAGCCUACCAGAGGAUCCUUCAUGGAAGGAUUGCCUUCUCAUUCUUUUGACCUUUUGGAUCAACUUGGUGGAUGACAUUCCUGAGAACUCAAACAAUGUCUUUGAAGAAAAAUUAUUCCACACUGACACCAAGAUUUUCGUAAGGUGUCUGAUAGUGUUCAAAAACAUGUUGGUGGAUGAUGAGAUUUCAGUAAAUCAAGGCUGGAGUACCAUCUCCAACUAUGUCCAAGAUGGUCUUCUGGACCUUUUGGUACCAGAUGUUUCAGCAUUUGUGAAAGCUAUGGUAGUCUCAGGUAGUGCUUUUAAAUCAAUUGCUGAAGCAUGCUACAAAGUAGGAUUAUUUUUAGAAAUACCCAAUCAGGAUACUGCUGUUGAGUAUAUUCUCAAUCUUUAUAUGAAUUUGGCUGAGGAAGUUCUAGCUCAUUUAGACUUGGAAUUAGGUAAACCCAAAAAGUUGCAUUAUCUGCUGUCCUCUCUGAGUAGAUUGGCGGUUAACCAUACUGAAGAUCUUAAGAUGGUCAGGUUGGAGGUUUGGGAGAGGCUGAGAGAAUUUUCAGAUAACAUGCAUUUAGCAAGCCACACCAGAGUAUAUGCACUGCAGUUGAUGCAAUGUAUUACAGGAAUAAACCUGAAAAGUCUUCCAGCUGAACUUGUUUCAGAGGUAGAACCUUGGGAAGGCUGGGAUGAGUCUAUCAGUACAAAGGCCUCCAAUACUUCUGGAGGAGUAGAUAUAUCUACUAGUGUUACGAGUACUUUGGUUGCACUUAAAUCUACUCAGCUUAUCUCAGAAAUUUCCCCAGAUAUUGAGAUCACUUCAGAAAGCUUAACGAGCCUUGAUUCAGCAGUCUCUUGCUUCUUACAUUUAUCUGAAAAUGCUACUCGUGUCGAACAUCUUAGUGUUCUUCAGGUUAUUUUGGAAGAAUGGGAAGAUUUCUUCUCUAUGCAAACUGAUAGGGAAAACAAAAUUGAAUCACCAAAAGAAUCAAACAACUGGAGCAAUGACAAAUGGGAUGGAGGAUGGGAGGAACUAGAUACUACGGACACAAAAAUCAAGGGUUCUGCAACCGUUAGGCCCCUUCACGCUUGUUGGAUGGAAAUUAUUAAAGGACUUAUUGGGUUUUCUGAACUACAUCUUGUCAUGAAUUUGCUUGACAUAUCAUCUGUAAAAUCUGAUACUGUGCUUCUGGAUGAAGAUGAAGCCCAUUCCCUGUUGCAACUUGUGAUUGUGAUGGACUGCAUCAUGGCUUUGAAAUUAGUCUUGCUUCUCCCAUAUGAAAACCCCCGUUCUCAGUGCCUAUACAUGCUCGAGAGUAAAUUAAAAUCUGGAAGUAUUCCAAAUGGAUCUUCCGCCAAUAACCAUGAGCUUCUUGCGAUUGUACUAUCAUCCGGGGUAGUACGAGACAUCGCCACUAAUCCAUCUUUCUACAAAGUAUUCUCAUAUAUCUGCUAUACAGUUGGUCUUCUUGCUCAGGAUUCCCAAGAAGACCUGCUUAAUUCUUGUGGGAAUAAUGAAAGUAGACCAAAACGAAAUGAAUCAUUAUUAUUUGUCAGAGUUCUCUUGCCAUUUCUCAUAUCAGAACUUGUGCCUGGAGGUCAACCUUUGAUAGCUGGGUUUAUUGUGUCGAAAUGGAUGCAUACUCAUACAUGCCUAAGCAUGAUUGAUGUUGUGGAAACUAGUCUAAGACGAUAUUUGGAACAGCAAAUCCUACAAUUAAAGAGUUUAGCCGACCAUGAAUUUGGUAUCGUGGAGGACUCAUCUCAAUCAUUACUCAACACAUAUUUGAAUUUAAGGACCAAAUUGCAUACCCAGCUACAAUCUGCAUUAUUGCUCCUUCCUGAGAGUGACACCAGAUAGGUAUUUGUUUUGAGUGCUGGAGCUGUGGGAGGUAUAGAAAUCUGGCAAUUAAUUGCAAUGAUGAACUUUGGGGGUAAAAAAAAGAUUCAACUAUGACGCAAAGUUCUUUCCGACGGUUCGUUAAUCAACUUUUGUAAAGAAGUCUGUAUUUUAUCUUAACAGUUUAUUUUUUUCAUAUGAAAAAUUUUUAGUUAGUGUUAUACCAA